CCGGUCCCGGCCUCCCGGCCUUCCAAAUCGUCAGCGCAGGGCGCACACGCUUGCCCGCGCCGCCCAGCCAGCGGCACACGCCUGCCCGCGCCGCCCAGCCGCUCUCCCAUAGCCGUCGCGCCGUCCCGGCCCUCCAAGAUUCAGAUUGGUGUUUUGCUGGCACCAUGUCCAGUCCGUGGAGCCCUAUGAGUUUGGAGGAAGAGGAAGAGAUCCAAGAGCUCGAUGCCGAGGAGCAGCAGGACGGUGAGCAGCCGCAGCAGGGUGAUGGGCUGCAGCAGGGGUCCACAGCUGAAGCAAGGGCACAACAAACCGGAAAGAAACGCGCAAGAUCAGUGGCCAACUCGUCUACUAAGUCUGAGGCAAAGAUAAAGGUCGAGGAAAGUGCACCAGGAGCUGCGACAGGAGUGAUUCUGUCUCUUCGUGAAAGUUUACAGGACUGUAAACAAAGCCUUGCAUCCUGCCAGGUGGAACUUGAAGCUGCAAAAUCAGAAAUUGAGAAGUGGCAUUCAGCAUUUCAGAGCAUUCCAGCUGUACCUUCUGGUACCAGUCCAGAUCCUGUUUCAGUGGUAUCUUACCUCAGUAACCUGAAGUCAUCAGAGGAAUCAUUGAAGGAGCAGCUGGAGAAAGCAAAGAAAAGGGAGGCAGCUUUUAUAGUAACAUUUGCAAAACGAGAGCAGGAGAUUGCAGAACUGAAGUCUGCAGUUAGAGAUUUAAAAACACAAUUAAGGCCACCGUCAAUGCAGACAAGGAGAUUGUUGCUUGAUCCAGCAAUUCAUGAGGAAUUUACACGCUUAAAAAAUCUUGUGGAGGAGAAAGAGAAAAAAAUAAAGGAGCUACAGGACAACGUUGCUGCUGUCAAUUUCACUCCAUCCAGCAAACUGGGAAAAAUGCUGAUGGCUAAAUGCAGAACAUUGCAAGAGGAAAACGAAGAGAUUGGGGCGAUGGCAUCGGAAGGAAAAAUCCAUGAGCUUGGGAUGAAAAUCGCCGUUCUGAAGUCGCAGAACAACGAGCUCCGGAAUCAAUUUGAUGUUUUGUAUAAGCACAUGGACGGCGUGACGAAUGACGUGGAGAGAUCAAACGAACUGGUGGCCAUCCUGCAAGAGGAGCUAGAAGCCAAGGAGUUAGAGGUGACUAGACUGAAGGAGGAGACGCUUUCCCAGAAGGAAGGCACUCAAGAAGCACCGGCACCGGCACCAGCUCCGGUGGAAGAGGGAGACGGAGCUGGAAACGAUCUGAAGCCGGCUUCAGAUCCGCUGCAAGUGAAGCUGGAAAGUUAAGGGGAGACGGAGGGGUGGAAACGACCAGACGGUAGUGUGUUUGUUGAGACUCCCGAUGUGCGGGAAGUCGUAGCAUAUUAGGCCAAUCUUAACUAGUAGAACCGUUCGAUUUUUAUAAUAUCUAUGUUCAUUUUAGUUCUAUCUAUAUAGUUACAAUAUAAAACAUGCUCUCUAUCUCUCAUCUAGAUGUGUACGUAUCUGUGCCGCAGUUGAAGUUC